CAGUCUAGAUCGAAACUCGAUACGAAGCGAACGCGUUUCGAGGAACCACCGGCCUUUCUCUCCGCCCGGAAGUGAUCGUUUUGGUGUUUGUGGUGUGGUGGUGUCUGGUGAUCCUGUUGGUGUUCCUGUCCCAUGUAACAUAUUAUUGCAAUUAUUACAAUACUGCUCCCAUCUCUGAAGAACAACUACUUAGUGAUUGGUGCAAGCGUGAGAGCAAGAGCAGACAAAACUGCGAGAGAAGGAAGAAAGAAGCUAAAGUGUAGAGCAGAGUGUGGUAGUGAGAAUAUGGAAUUCAAAGAUAAAAGUGUUUGAACUUGGCAAGGCGAAAAGAAGUGUGAUUCAAGCGCUUAAGUUAUCAGUCAGUCUAUCUCUGGUGUUGGCGAAGACGGAAAACGAGAGCAGCGUGAGAGCGAAGUGAUCGUUAUUAUUAAUCAGUUGAAUAAACAACAAUUUUGUGAAUUAAGACAAUAACAAUAAUUUAUCGAAAAUUGCAACUUCUAGUAGCAGCUUAUCAAUGCAGUGGACUGUAAAGAACCGAAAUUCCUGGUAGCCGUUCGAAUAACGAUUGAAGUGAAUAUGUGUAUCGAAGGAUUAGCUGUUUAGAUGCAUUAGAUCAGUGAUUGUGCAUGUGAUUAUCAGCAUUAGUUGGCGAUUAAUGUUUUAAUUGUAUAAUUGGACCAUGCAGUGAGAGCAUAAAGACACGCAACGUUGUUUCAUCACCACUCAAACCACGGCGCUUUGGCUAAUCAUCUCUUUGGAAGGUUCUACAAAUCACCAUCUAAUUCACGCAAAAAAGACACGGAAAACAUUUUCCCACCAGGUUGCAUAUAUUGGAAUCAACUCACAUGAAUAUAAUUCGACACAGAACAAAAAGAACAACAUAGAAAAUCUUUGAUCGUACUUCCACGAACAAGAAGCAAACAAAAAGUACUCUCAAUGGUUGUUGAUACCCCCAUGAUUGGUACCAAAGAUCGAACUGUAAGUGCAACCCCCCAUUUCCAUCGGCGUCGGCCGUCACGUCAUAGUGAAUGAAAACAACCAACUGAAAGCGUCCCAUCAUCAUCAUCAUCUCCUCGUCGUCGAUUGAACAGCAGUCAGUUGAUAUCCGCACAGCGGCAGUGUCGGUCGUUCAUAGCGAUUAUUUCCAACCUAAACUGCACAUUGCAGCGCGAUUUGGUGGGACGUGAUCUUAAAAAUACAACGAGUUUAAUUUUACGGCACGGAAGAAAAUAAACUGUCUGUGUAAAUAGUGAGCCGCAUGGUGUCAAUCGCAUGCAAACAAGUUCCUUUGCCGACAAGUGUUGUGAGCUGAACAAGUGGUGUUGUGAAUCGAAAAAAAAAUAUUGCACCGGACGAAGAAGGGCCCCCCGGAUGAGAAGGCUAAGAAGCAUGAUUAUUGUUGUUUGAUGAUCUGAUGUCGGAGUUUUACUUGUUGCGGUUGGUUGGAAUUAUUGUGGUUUUAAUCGAAAGGAAGUGUUUGUUUAUCAAUAUCUAACCUAAGCUAGAAGAAAAAUAUUGAAGAAAAGUUGGAUGCAAGCAAUUAUAAGUUCUCGUUGAUCAGAAAUUCUACGUCCUAGUGCUAGUUGUUGUGGUUGGCGUGGAGAAGUGUAUCGCUCCCUUUCAGUUUUGAAAAUAAAAUUAUCGGUUUGGAAAGUUGUUGAGAGAAGCAUCCAGGUGCUUCCCACAUAUUUCGUUUAAAUUAGUUUCGUCGUUUUAAGGUUGCCCCAUAGAGCCGAAAGAAAUUGAGCAGCAAACAACAACGAGCGGAACAUUUAACCUUCGUUGCUGUAAAGCACAUGCAGGUGUUAACCAACGCGUGGAGUCGCGCCGAUCGGCCCCGUUCUAAGGGGCCAUGACGCGUUGGCCCGCCCUAUUGCUCUCACUGCUCUCGGCGGCGUUAGCCGGCGCCCCGAACUUCGAUGGAACGUUCCAACCGUCAGCGGCUGGCUCGACAACGACCCUGUCGCAGUCGCUGUCCCCGACCUCACCGAUGCUGGCCGCUGCUCAGGCCGCCCUGGGAACCACCCAGCAGCAGCAACAGCAACAACAACAGCAACAGCACCAGCAACAGUUAUCACAAUCUCUGUUCAGCCUCCCACAAGCGCAUAAUCCUUAUGCAUCGGGAGCGAUAUUUGUUCCCAAGAUAGCUACCUCAAAUUCAACUCAUCAAAAAUUUAAAAACAACCGUACGCAGCUGGUGGUCGGUUACCUGACGGCGCUCAAGGGUAGCAUGAAGGACAAGCAGGGCUUGGCCAUUUCCGGCGCACUGACCAUCGCGCUGGGAGAAAUCAACGAUGAUCCUGACUUGCUGCCGAAUGUAACACUGGCGCUGCGGUGGUACGACACCCGAGGCGAUACGGUGACUGCGACGCGUGCCAUAACGGAGAUGAUUUGUGACGGUGUGGCUGCCAUUUUCGGACCGGAAGGUACCUGCAAGACUGAAGCCAUUGUGUCGCAAAGCCGAGACAUUCCGAUGAUCUCCUACCGCUGCUCUGAGCUGCAUCGGAGCACUCCAAUUCCAACGUUUGCGAGAACGGAACCUCCCGAUACGCAGGUCACGAAAUCCAUCGUAUCACUGCUGAUGUACUACGGGUGGAAAAAGUUCUCCAUCAUCCACGAGGAGAUGUGGAAAAACGUGGCGGUGUCGCUGGAAAACCAGGCCCAGCGCAACAACCUCACCGUCAAUCACGUGGAGGAGGUGAUCGACUAUCACAAGUGCUGCGAAAACAAUCUGGAUUGUUGUCGUAGUGGAUAUUGGUAUACGAUCAUUCAGAAUACGAUGAAUCGAACGCGAAUAUACGUUUUCUUGGGGAGUCCCAACGCCCUGGUAGAUAUGAUGACGCAAAUGGACGCAAUGCAAUUAUUCUCUAAGGGUGAAUAUCUGGUGAUAUUCGUCGAUAUGAUGACAUAUUCUCUGAAAGAAUCGAAAAAGUACCUGUGGCGGUUGGAUCGGGUCUCCCAUCACAAAAACUGCAAGGAAAUGGAAUCGUUCCUGCAGCGAGGUCGCAGCUUGCUGGUGGUGGUCGCUUCCGAACCGCAUCCCGAGUUCGAACAGUUCACCAACAAAGUGCGCGAGUACAACCAGAAGGAACCGUUCUCGUUCCGUAUGCCGGUGCUGUUCAAAGAGUACGCCAAGUACGUUUCAAUCUAUGCCGCUUACCUGUACGACUCGGUCAAACUAUACGCCUGGGCGUUGGAUAAGCUGCUGAAAGAGGAACAGGCGCAUCGGCCAUUAACGAGCGAGGUCAUCCACGAGGUGGCCAGCAACGGAACCCGAAUAAUCGAAAAAAUCAUCCAGAAUGUCACCUACAAAAGUAUCACGGGCGCGAACAUCAGGAUCGAUGAGUCCGGCGAUUCCGAGGGUAACUUUUCGGUGCUGGCGUUGAAGAAUGAGUUCUACACGGAAGGGAAUUUCUCCUGCGAUUUCCAAAUGAAGCCGGUGGCCCACUUCCAGAUGCGCCACGUUCCACAGAGCAACGAUUCCAACCAAAGGCGAAGCGAUGAAAUCCCAGAAUUCAAACUGUCCCGCGCGGGCACCGCAAUUGAUUGGGCCGGUUCGGAGCGUCCGAUGGAUGAGCCAUCCUGUGGCUUUAUGAACGAGUACUGCACCAAGGAUGAAUCGCACGUGACGUCGAUGGUAAUAGCCGGAAUAUUGGGGUUGAUUCUGUUUUGUGCGUGUGUCAUCAUGAUGAGCAUCUACCGUAAGUGGAAAAUCGAACUCGAAAUCGAAGGUUUACUUUGGAAAAUUGAUUGCAACGAAAUCAAGGGAUACUUCAACGCGGACAUCAUUUCGUCUCCAAGUAAGCUCAGCCUGGCCAGCGCUCAGUCAUUUGGGUCGCGCUGCUCCAACCAGGUCUUCGCGUCCACGGCCCGCUUCCGGGGCGUGGUGGUGCGCAUCAAGGAGCUCAAAUUUUCUCGCCGCAAAGAUAUUUCCCGAGAGAUCAUGAAGGAGAUGCGGCUGUUGCGGGACCUGCGGCACGAUAACAUCAAUAGCUUCAUCGGGGCCUGUGUGGAACCGAUGCGGAUAUUACUAGUCACUGAUUACUGUGCCAAGGGAAGCCUGUACGAUAUCAUCGAGAACGAGGAUAUCAAACUAGAUGAGUUAUUUAUAGCGUCGUUAGUACAUGAUUUAAUUAAGGCAAUGAUAUACAUUCAUAGUUCAGCUUUAAACUACCAUGGAAACCUUAAGUCAUCCAACUGUGUUGUCACGUCGCGAUGGAUGCUCCAAGUCACCGACUUCGGACUGCUCGAUUUGCGACACUGCAACGAGAAUGAAUCUUUAGGAAACUUUGGAUAUUAUCGAAAUCUUUUUUGGAAGGCACCCGAGCUACUACGGGCCGAGCAACGAACCGAGGCCGCCUAUGGUAACCAAAAAGGGGAUGUUUAUGCGUUUGCCAUCAUUCUGUUCGAGAUUAUUGGGCGUAGGGGACCGUUCGGCUACAGCGGAAUGGAACCGAUCCAAAUCAUCGAGCUGGUACGAGCGCUUCCGGAGGAAGGACAGGAGCCAUUUCGUCCGGAUAUCCAGAGCGUGAUCGAAAACGAAUGCGCUGCCGACUACGUGAUCAAUUGUAUCACGGACUGUUGGGACGAGAAUCCGGAUCAGCGGCCCGAUUUCGUCUCGAUCAGAAAUCGGCUGAAGCGUAUGCGAGGCGGUAAGUCAAAGAACAUCAUGGACCAAAUGAUGGAGAUGAUGGAGAAGUAUGCCAACAAUUUGGAGGAAAUUGUACAGGACCGAACGAGGCUGUUGUGUGAGGAGAAACGAAAAACGGAGGAUUUGUUGCACCGGAUGCUGCCGCAACCGGUUGCCGAGAAGCUUACGAUGGGUUUGGGCGUCGAGCCUGUGUCGUACGAUUCGGUGACCAUCUACUUCAGUGACAUCGUUGGUUUUACAGCGAUGUCGGCCGAGAGUACUCCACUGCAGGUAGUCAAUUUCCUGAACGACCUAUACACGGUUUUCGAUAGGAUUAUAAAAGGAUACGACGUGUACAAGGUGGAGACCAUUGGCGAUGCAUACAUGGUGGUCUCUGGUCUUCCAAUCGCCAAUGAAAACCGACACGUAGGGGAAAUAGCCUCGAUGUCCUUGGAACUGCUGCAAGCCGUAAGGUCGCAUCGAAUCUCACAUCGUCCAAACGAAACACUUAAGCUGCGAAUCGGCAUACACACCGGUCCGGUUGUGGCCGGUGUCGUGGGACUUACCAUGCCCAGGUAUUGUCUGUUCGGCGAUACAGUCAACACGGCAUCGCGGAUGGAAUCCAACGGUGAAGCGCUUAAAAUUCACAUAUCAGGUCAGUGUAAGGAAGCGCUUGACCGGCUUGGUGGCUACGUCGUGGUCGAACGGGGCCUCAUCUCGAUGAAAGGGAAAGGUGAAGUGAUGACAUACUGGCUGGAAGCAGCGACCGAUCGAGCCAUCCAGAAGAUGCCAGUCGACUACAAGGAUCUACCUCCGCCGCUGUUUUGUAGGCCACGACGAUCUCCACGGCUGACCUACGACUCGCGACAGCCUAGUAUCAUCGCAAUCGCUAAUUACACUGCUGGCAGCCGAAGGCAGUCCAGUGCGCUGAAAGAUCUCGAAAGCAAUUACAGUCUGCAUGGUUCGUCAUUUGAACCGUCGGUGCGAGACUCGCCCCGUGCCCAACAGCGAAAGCUGGAUCGAAUUCCACUGUGCAUCAAUGACGACUCCCAAAGUACUUUAGAACAGCAAAAUGCAAUAGAUAAAACCCAUUCUAGUGAUAGUCUAGUGAAGAAAGUCAUCUUUAACAAUAGCAGUAAGAGAGUUAGGAAUAAGCUCCGUUCCAUCGCGUCUACGGAUGAUUACCACAACAUCAACACCACGGGGACAUUCCUGCGGGAGAGCCGCUCGUUGGAUCCGUUCCCCAGUGAUGUCCGGAAGCGGCUGGAAAGUAUUAAGUUGGAAAGGAAACCUCGCAUGGUGCAGAAGGGCUCACAAUCUUUGGAUGCUGGAGUCAGCACGAUCAGCAGCGAAUCGAUCGACAAAGACCGGUCAUCGAAGAUGAUCAUAACGACGGUACCGGAGGACUACAUCCAGGGGGACGGCCACAAGUAUCUGAACAACAACUGCAACGGUUCCAUUGGAAACAAUGAGGACUCGCACUGUCCGCUGUUGAUGCGGCAGACCUCGCUGGUGACCCCGGGGCAGGAAGAUAGCCUCAGCACCCACAAGCGGUGGUACUCGUUGGAGAACGUUGGCGCACCGGACGAGGACAGUUGCAGCAAAAAAUCUCUUACGCGCGGAUCUAUAAAGUCGUGGCUGGUCGGUAUAAUCGGGUUUAAAACGAGUGAGUCUAGUUUGCGGAAGGUGGGAGUGUUGCCGGUGGGUGUGGCCGGAGUGACGGGUUUUGGGGAACUACAGUCGACACCGGAGAAGGAAAGUAUGGUUUGAUGCGGCACGUGGUUUACACAGGAGGAAGUCUAAAAUGUAAAGUGAAUUUUUUUUUGUAAUUUUGAAUUUUCGUUAAAGUGGUUUUCAAUGUUUGACGGGAUUGACCAAGAGACCUCUACAGCCAAUCACAUGUUUGAGGACAUGUGUUUGACUGUUUACGGAAAUAAGUAUUUAGACUGCGCCGAUUUUUUUCAGGCCACUUAAAAUUGUUUCGGUGUCAUUUGGCCUUGAGUUCUACAUUUAUCCUUUCUCGUGCUGCAAGUUCCAAUGUUUUUGCCUUUCUCGUACAAAUAAGUUGUUUCGAAUGGCUAUCAUUUCUCUCCAGAAACGAACCAAUGUGUGUGAGUUCUACGAACUGUACAAAUUUCUGUCUGUCCGUGUGUAUGUAUGGGUACGUAUGUGUGUGCACGAAAUCUAAAAAAGAUAUUAGCCAACUUUUUAUAUAGAAAUCUUAAACCAAUUUGCUUGCAAAAAAGCCUAGUUGAUCACUAUGGAAUUUGCAACGAUCGGCCAUUGGUCUUGAAAGUUGUGAAGAAAAUGGUAUAUCGAAGCAUAUAUUGUUGCUGUCAUGACGCAAUUCUAGGAAGGCGGCACCACUAUUUGGUGAAAUAAUUUGAUUCUUUUUAAGUUGAUUCGUUGGAAAGCCUAAACAAUAUGUAUAGAAAGUGUGUUGUGUGAAAUGUCACAAAAAAUGGGUUUUAGAAAAUAUCCAUGCUAAAGUGUUUAACCAUGUAUGUGAUAUGUGAUUCAGUGAGAAACAAUGUACUUCUGUUUCUGAAAAAAUAAACUCUUCAGGUCAAUCUCAUCGAUAUUGAAACAUUCAUCAUCUUAUUCCAUUUGACCAAAAUCGUUUCACACCCCAUCCAUUUAAAGAAUGGAAAAUAUCUUGCGUUAUUUUUGGUAUAUUCUUCCCGCUGCACAAUCCACACAUGGAAACAAACUAAAUAUUAAAGAUCUGAAGGAUUUAAAACAAAUGUGCAACAUUUCCGCAGUUUUCUGUUUGAACUCGAUAUGCGUUCUUUUGUGCCACUAAUUUCGCCGAAACGGUGAAGCAAAACAGUUUUAGCUCUUAAGAGACUUACAAAACAAAACAAGAAAAGCAAACCACAAAUUAGGAUCAUGUGAGAAAAUAAGUGCCAUGUUGAAAACAAAACACAUACGAAAGUUAAUAAAAGAAAACCCAUCAAAACUAAAAUAGCAAUCAAUAAAGCAGAGAUUGUAUGAUUAAAAGGAAAGAAAAUGAACAUUGUCAAAAGACAAUUUUAAAUUCGGUUUCUUUUUUGGAUUGCAAGUGAUUGAGGGAAUGAAUAACAAAAUAAGUAAACAUCAAUCAGGACUUUCUAUUCGUUCAUUACAAACAUUGCAUAGUUUUAAAGAAUCACAGGCUGUGAAGUAGGAUAAAAUUAAUUGAUAACAUUACAACUAGGGGUUUUAAAGUGUACCGAGUCGUCCUGUUUCAAAGGUCCGGCUUGGAAAUCAAGAUGCGUUUCGUUCUGACUAAAUGUAUCAUAGCAAAAAUGUAUGUUAAAUAAUUAAGAAAACUGUGUAGCAGAAUGAAAUUAUUGAUUUUGUUCAACUGUCUUCGUUUACAUUUUUUUUUUUGAAAAA